AUGUGGAAUUCGCGGUUCCAUACAGUUCUCAACGCAGGCUGGAAGUUUGCCAGUGUUUGCCAGCCCCCGAUCAACCAGCUUCGAAGCACUGCAGUCCCCACCGGCACGAAAACACAAAGGUUACGCCAGUAUGCCACAACGAGUCACACGCAAGACACCAAUAGAAAGGAUAAUGGGGAUGCCGUGAUGGUGUCUUCGCCGGUGCAAAGACAGGCGCAAGCGUUGCGACGUGGCGUACAGUUCCAGCAGAAUCAAGACAUGAAGCCUCAGCCCGGCGAUAAGGACUUCAAGCCUCCGAUGCUUGAUCGCCCGAUUGGGACCAAUACACCUCCGAUGGCCGGCGAGAAUACGGGAGUAGACCUGCGGUCACUGAAGCAAAGGCGGGAUGACUUUGUGAACUACGACCGGCACCUGGAGCGAAGAAAGGAAUUAACACGACAGGUCGCGAAGCCCUAUUUUAGGGAAUGGUCAAACUUGCGGUUCCUAGAGGGCAAAACGUUCGUUUCGAACCCUCGGCUCUUCAAAGGCGACAAAGCUUUGUACUUCCCCAACAUGUCCGGAAUCACGCUGGCCGAACAGAAGGAUCGUCAAGAUACAACCCCAGUUUUGCAAGGCAAGAUCAGUGUCGUCAAGCUUUUUUCCAGUGUGUGGGCAGAGACGCAAGUCGGCUCCUUUACGGGCCCGACUCAAAAUCCACAUCUAACGGAACUGCUUGCCAACAAUCCACAGUUUGCGCAAAUGGUCGAUAUCAACUUGGAAGAAAAUCGUAUGAAGGCGACUCUGGUGAAAAUGUUCAUGUGGAGCAUGCGCCGCAAGUUGCCCGAGCAGCAGCACCCUCGGUAUUUCCUCGUGCAGAAAGGAUUUACCGAAUCCCUCAAGGAGGCUGUAGGCAUGAUGAACUCCAAGGUUGGCUACGUCUACCUGGUGGACUCAGAGUGUCGCAUCCGCUGGGCGGGUAGUGGUAACGCUGAGCCCGCGGAGAUGGAAACGCUCAAUGUCGGCCUACAAAAGCUGAUUACAGAGAGAAAAGCCAUCUUCGAGGCUGAGGGUGUUAACCGCAAAUAA